ACUUUGAACGCUCGCGAGAUUUUGUCGGUCUCUCCUCCAUUUUUGCCCCCGAGUACAGAUCGUGGUGAAAAGCCAAAAUGAGUGGGCAGAUAAUCUUGAGGCGACUGGUAAAUAAUAUACGAUGGCAUCAAGUUCGAUCUUGUUCAGCUGUGGUCAAACCAACUGAAGUGAAAAUCUAUCCUAUGGAGCAGAUGAGUGUAGAAAUGAAGGAUCGCCAUUAUCCUGUUGUUGGUGAACGAGAUAUCGUAGGACAUGGAUUGGGUAAUGAAGGCAACUAUGUUGAUGAUCAUGAAUGGCCAUGUACUGGUGUACGUUUCAAGGCAAACACACCAGAAAUUUUGGCUAUGAGAGAGAAGGAGGAGGCCGACUGGAGUAACCUCACAGUAGAAGAUAAAAGAUUCUUAUACAGAGCUUCUUUUGCCCAUACAUUUGAAGAAAUGUUAGCUCCAACUGGUGAAGUCAAGAGACAAAUCAUCAUAUUUUUAUUUGGAUGCUUGAUGACACAAGUGUUCUUGUGGGUUCAAGAUUACAUCAUUCUCCCACGUCCAUCUGCUAUGUUGAACAAAGGAGGAAUAGAGGCUAUUUUGCAGACAUUAAUCAGAGACAGACGUGGAAUUUUGUCUGGCAUCUCUAGCCAAUAUGAUUAUGAAAAGGGAGAGUAUAAACCAGGAAUGGAACCAAAAGGUACCGGCAGUCUUGAAGAUUGAAAGCAAGGAACUGUUGAAGGUUCAGUGGAGCCAGUAAUAAGUGUGAAUUGGAGAACAUUUGACUUAUAUGAGAUGUUGUAUAAGGAACUGUUAUACUACACAGUUUUGGUUUUUUGACUGUGAAUUAAAAUUGUGAUAGAAUACAGCAUGUAUUCUUUUUAAUAGAGUA